AUGGAACGACUCAAGAAGCAGUGCAAUGCCCAUGAAGCCAAAUUAUUGGCAGGCGUGGUGGAUCCUCAGAACAUUAAGGUCGGCUUUGAGCAAGUGCACGCCCCGACUGAGACGAUCGAAUCGCUGAAGACGCUGACUUCACUGUCUUUGACUCGACCGGAUGCCUUCCAGUACGGCAUCCUUGCUCAGGACCGACUUACAGGUCUGAUGCUCUAUGGCCCUCCAGGUACCGGUAAAACGCUGCUCGCGAAGGCGGUCGCCAAAGAGUGCAAGGCUGCCGUACUCGAGGUGAGCGGCGCGCAAAUCUACGACAAAUAUGUUGGUGAAGGAGAAAAAAUGGUGAAAGCCGUCUUCAGUCUAGCGAAAAAGCUUUCACCGUGCAUUGUUUUCAUCGAUGAGGCUGAUGCCAUUUUCGGGAGCCGGAGCAAUGCCGGCAAUCGAAACACUCACCGCGAAAUCAUCAAUCAAUUCCUACGCGAAUGGGACGGGAUGGACCUCCACAACGUUUUUAUAAUGGUCGCAACUAACCGGCCAUUCGACGUUGACGAUGCCGUUCUCCGGCGCCUGCCGCGGAGACUGCUGGUGGACUUGCCUGUCGCGAAAGACCGCGAGUCCAUCCUCAGGAUCCACCUUCGAGAUGAACAGCUCGACCCCGCUGUCUCUGUGGGCGAAAUGGCGGAAAAGACGGCAUUCUACUCCGGAUCUGACCUGAAGAAUUUGUGCGUUGCAGCAGCUCUCGCCUGUGUCCGCGAAGAGUCCGAAUUGGCGGCAUCGAAAUCGAACGAUCCCGAAUUCAAGCUACCUGAGAAGCGUACCCUGGCUCCACGUCAUUUCGACAAGGCCAUCAAGGAAAUCAGUGCCUCUAUUAGCGAGGACAUGAGCUCGUUGACGGCAAUCCGCAAAUUCGAUGAACAAUACGGAGACGGACGCGGGAAGAAGAAGAAGGCGGGCUAUGGCUUUGGGCUAGGAGAUGCUGGCGUGGAUGAGAUGUCUGUCCGAGUGCGCCAACCUCCUCCGCCUUGA